AGCACAACACUUCUCUUUACAGGUAAUAGAUACAGAGACAGUGUAAGAAUAUGGCCACUAUGACUGAAGAAAACCCCGUAUUGAUGAGGCUCAAGGUCCUUGCGACUGAAAAAGACACCGUAUGGAUGGGGUUCAUGGACAUCGUUCCUGUCAUCGGGACCGUGAAAGAGGCAGUGGAGCUGGUGCUGGCUGUGUACGAAGGGAAUGAAGCGGUGAUAAAGGAGAAAGAGAAGGCCGUUGAAAAUAUAGUAAAAGAGUCACUGAAAAUACACGAGAAGGAAAACUAUGAGAAAAAGUUGACUCUAGCUGAGAAACCAGCACCAGCAGCAGCUGCAGAGGAAUUUUCUGGACUCAGAAAUGUGAGAGUGGUCAGAAAGGAAAUGAUUAUUGAAUAUAUGGUCAAAGGUUCCAAAAGGGGAACAAAACCUCAAACUCAAGCUCAGCAGAAAGAGAGACAGAAAAAAGUGGAGGCCAUUAGGGAAGACAUGUUAAGAAAGAUCCGUAUCCUCAAAUCAAACUUCAAUGAGGAGCUGAAGGAAGAACUGGGAAGGUCAAAAAGAGGCGAACAUGUCUUCAACAAUGACAUUCUUAAAUUCCAUUUCAAGGUGCUGACUGACUUUAUACAAAUAUGUCAUAUUGAUAAUCUACGAGGAUAUAAUCAGCAGGCAAUGAAUGAAUUAGGCAGACACACACUUACCCAAAGCUCAGCAACAGAUAUUCAGACAAACAUGGUGGUUCACUUUGGUGAGGAUGAAUUCUAUGUGAAUGCGAAUGGUGUGAUGUAUGGUGAAUAUUGCAGAGCACUGCGUGCUGCUAUAUUAGCUUUGCUGGGCCACAUAAACCCAGAAGACGUGACACAAGAGGAGAGACAAAGCGUGAAUUUUAUCAUAGAUAAUAUGAACAACUUCAAAAUCUAUGUGGACCAACUGGCAGAGGUCACAUGGAUUGGCAAUAAUGCGACUAGACGGGCCCGGUUUGAACAGGUAAGAAAGGAAGUUGUGACCAUGUAUAACACAGAUCGUGGGGUUGGAUGGUGCAUUCGCAUUCUGAAUCAAGUUGCACCUUUGUUUGGACAUAGACAGUGAGUUUAUUUCUCCUGUUCAGGGUUGCCAGGUUUCCUUUCAAAAUUUCCAGAUCAAUUACAUCCUAAAUCCCACAGACCUGAAAAUAGCUCAAAAAAGGACACUGGAAUAAACAAACACCAGUAUUUUCUUUCCAACAAAAGUUCACAGUGUAUAUACAUUUGUAUAUUUGCAAUAUUUCCAAAACACUUAGUGUCAGAGUUUUGUCAUCCAUUCACUGUUAUGACUGUUAUCAUCUCCAUAAUCCUGUUUUUCCUCUCCCAACCUGUACAGAAAUGGCUUCGUACAUUUUCCAUACAUUACACUUUCCCUUUGGUUGCCAUAGCCAGUGGUUUUAUUAACUUUACUUUAGGCCUAAUGGUUAGAGAGUCAGACUCGUAACCCAAAGUUUACAUCACUUUCACUUUUCACUUUAAAUUUAAAUCUGAUAAUUUUCUUUAAAACAAGAUCUAGGUUUUAUUUUUAUUUUUUACUUUCAAACAAAAGACACCACACAUGGACUUCCUUUUUCUACCACAACCUUGUUCCAAAACUGAAAAAGCUGACUUUGGCAACCCUGUUCCUUAAAAUGAUCCAUUUUACUAAAAUAAUAUAAUAAAAAUGCUAAUUUCCAACAUAAAGAUUAAUGCACACCGCUAAAUGUCUGUAAUUAAAAAUUAAAGCUUCGUCUGAUAACAAGUUGAAGUUUAGUUCUUAUUAAAAUGACUGUGUUAAUGUGAAGCAGAACGAGGAUGUUGGAGGCAUUUAAAUUCCUCCUCCCAAUUUAUUUACUCCAUCAAAGUCAAGAAGGAGUCAUGAUCAUGUGCAGAGAUUUAGGGCUCUGUAGUAUUGCUCUAAAAUUUAAAAACACUUAUGUAAUUGAAGAGAACAUGAGGAUUAAUGAUUAUCAUCCAGCCAUCAUGGAUUUUAAUGCAGCACUUCUUCUCUAAAGACACUCUAAAUACAUACUCUCAGAGCUUUGAGAAAAACAACAUGUUUGGAUAUGUGGGUAUGGUACAAGUUUAUAUUAAAGAUGUAUACAUUAUUAUUUAACUUAAUAGCACAGCUUGUAGCUUAUUACACAGACAUCCUCACUGGUAUUGAAACUUCUUCAGUUUUCAGAUGAUUCAUGCUGAUGAUUGAAUUAUGAUAUUUUACAAUUUACUCUAAUUAUCUGAUUAUGGUUACUGACUCAUUUUGUUUUGCUAAUCUCAUUAUGAUCUGUAAUAUUGAAUUGUUUCUAAUGCAAAAUUCCUGGAAAACAUAUUAAGCUGCAUUUACAUGUAUAGAACAAGCACCAUGGAAAUGUGUUUAAAAUUAAAUAAAGUGAUUACUAACAACCUA